AGAAAAAUUACAGCCAACAUCAUAUUUAGCGGUGAUAUACUGAAUGCUUUCUCCCUAAGCUCAGGAACAAAGCAAGGAUGUCCACUCGCCACUUUAUUCAACAUUGUAUUGGAGAUUGUUCUCAGUGCGAUAAGGCAAGAAAAGGAAAUAAAGAGACACCUAGAUUGGAAAGGAAGAAGUAAGACUGUCUUGAGUCACACACGCUAUUGUUUAUGUAGUAAACCUAUGAAUCUAUUACAAAAUAAAACUAGAACUUAUAGGAUUUUAGGACAGUUGCAAGAUCAAUACAUUUCUAUGUACUAGCAAUUGGCAGUUAGAAAUUGAAAUUAUUUCGCAUCCUACAGAAUGUCACGGAAGUCCCAAGUUGAGUCAAGCUCAGACUUUUGUUUCCAACCCCCAGUGCUGCUAUGAGGUCCACACCAUAAUCACUUUUCCUCCUGUCCACAUCCAGUUGCUGUUCAUGGGAGGAUUAAGAUUGCAGGAUGUUGAUUCAAUAGCCAGGGAAACUCUGUAAACAAGCAAGGAAGGCUGUGAGGUCAGAGGCCUGGGAGGAGCAGCACUUGGGCAGGUGAAGUUGAAGAUGAGAGAGAUGGGGAAGCCACGGGAGUGUGAAGGGUUCUGAAGAGACCACUUAUUCUGUCCAUGGUGGUGCGGACUUCUAGCGCAGUUGAUCCAGGCUGAACACAGAAGUGCCUAAAUCCCAGUCCCAGGACCAGCCAGCAAGGACCCUCCUCAGCCUCUAUAUCUCUAGGAAGAGGCCACAGUACAUUCUGAUCCUUUUGAUAUAACCCUGGGAGCAGUUCUCAACCAGAGCCAGGGUUGUCACUUCCUGCCGCACUCCAGGCUCAUGGGAACCCAGCUUGCCCAUUGCCAUGAUGACCGCACCAUCAACCCCUAUCCAUGACCCUGGGGAGCAAGGAAUGGGGUGCCUCCCACCCCCAGAGAUUAAAAAAAAGCUUUUUCAGUAAAAGACACAAAUCUCCAGGGAGGGAUCUAAUGUGCCAAAAACUUGAGUGGGAAGACCUCCCCCAAGGAGUCUCUGUGUAGGGUUAUCAGAGCUCCUAAAUAACCAGGUCCGUGGCAGCAUCACCUGGGUUGAGAACCUGGGCCCAGAGUUGGGGGUGGACGAGCCCAGGAUGUGAUGGGGUGAGAGCCAGGGAAAGAGGAUGGACUUCGGGGUAGGAGGACCGGUAGGCUGAGUGGCAGAGCUGAAGCCUGACCAGAAGAGAGUGGAGAAAAGGACAGAGGGACAGGAAUGGAAAGAGAUGAGGAAGGCUCAUGUGGACACGACGGGGAGCCCCACACAAUUCCGGGCUCCUGGGUAGGACAGCAUGCAAGACAGGGCACUUGAGUUUCCUGAGUCCAAUCUGCAUUCACACGCUAACUUCCUGAAUGAUCAGCUGAAGGACCUUGGGCAAAUGAACCUCCUUUUUGUUGAAUCAACGAGAUAAAGCCCAGAAAGUGUUCAACAUAAUGCCUGGGUUAGUAGUUCUCAAUAAAUGGCACUGAGUGCUGUUAGCAUUCAGCCUUACGGAGGGCCAGCAUGGGCCAGCGUGGAAAGUGGCGGGGAGCAGACGUGAAGGAUAGGUCUUCAUGUCUGCUGACACUGGCUAGCAAGAGGGAGGAAACAAAGGUUAAGAUGAGAGAGGGAAUGGCAAAUGGGUUAAGGUGAGGAACGGAGAGAGAUGGAGAGGAUGGCUGAAGCAUCACCAGCAGCCCCUGUUCCAGAACCCCUCACCACCUUCUUUCUGCCAGGUGCCAAUGGAUUUCCCUGCUGUAGCAAGGAUUCGGUGGACAUAGUGGAAACACAGAUUGACUUAAACCAACAUGAGCUCCAGCCUUCACAUGAGGAGCUCCCGCCUGCACAAGAGGAGUCCCAGCCUGCACAAGAGGAGUCCCAGCCUGCACAAGAGGAGUCCCAGCCUGCACAAGAGGAGUCCCAGCCUGCACAAGAGGAGUCCCAGCCUGCACAAGAGGAGCUCCAGCCUGCACAAGAGGAGUCCCAGCCUGCACAAGAGGAGUCCCAGCCUGCACAAGAGGAGUCCCAGCCUGCACAAGAGGAGCUCCCGCCUGCACAAGAGGAGCUCCCGCCUGCACAAGAGGAGCUCCCGCCUGCACAAGAGGAAGAUGAGGAAGAGGAGGAUGAAUUGCUACACUUGAAUGUCCCACCUAAAGAGGACCCGGAACAAGACACAAAACUGGUGCAGGAGGCCAACACUCCGCCACCAUUGGAGUAUUGCCCACCAUGGGAGUAUUGGCCAGCCCCCAUGCUUAAGCCUGAGGCCAAGCAGGACUCCAGCUUGAAGGUCUGCAAUGAAGACCUGGAAUCCUCCCAGCCCCUCGAGGGGGCGCUAACGCAGCAGGACUCCAUCACAAGCCCGAGUAUCACGGAUGUGGAACAAGUGGACUCCACCCAUCGCUCCAUCUUUGUGCAGACUUCCAAGCACCUCUUCUGGGCAGACAAAGAUAUCCAGGCCUCAGAACACAGCCUGGAUUUGGAGACCGGCAUGCAUCGUGGCGAGAGCACAGAGAAGAUCGCCAGCCCCCUGAACCAGAAGGCAGCCCCAGAGCCGGUCCCCGUCAAGCAGUUCCAGGAUGAAAGCACCCAGGCAGAGCUUUCAGAACCAGGCACCCGGCAGCCGUCAGACACCCACUUGCCCUACCCCUGUCUCACACCAGCUAUCAACUUACAAGAUCUGGUCAACUUCGCAUCCUCCCUGGCCAUCGCCUCCUCCAGCAACAGGGACCUGCCCAGUUUGGAGCACAUGAUGAAAUCUCCACCCCAGAAGGCCGUGGAGCCUUCUACAGUGCCCAUGGCGCCUUCUACGGUGCCCAUGGCGCCUUCUACGGUGCCCAUGGUGCCUUCUACAGUGCCCAUGGCGCCUUCUACGGUGCCCAUGGUGCCUUCUACAGUGCCCAUGGCGCCUUCUACAGUGCCCAUGGCGCCUUCUACGGUGCCCAUGGCGCCUUCUACAGUGCCCAUGGCGCCUUCUACGGUGCCCAUGGUGCCUUCUACGGUGCCCAUGGUGCCCAUGGCGCCUUCUACAGUGCCCAUGGUGCCUUCUACAGUGCCCAUGGCGCCUUCUACAGUGCCCAUGGCGCCUUCUACGGUGCCCAUGGCGCCUUCUACGGUGCCCAUGGUGCCUUCUACGGUGCCCAUGGUGCCUUCUAGAGUGCCCAUGGUGGAGAGCACCACCCUGCCUGCCAAGGAGGAGCCAGAGCAGGAAAAGCUCUCUGGGUUGCAGGAGAGGGCAUCUGAGAAGUCGCUGGAAGCCGGAGAGCCACUGGAAUCUGCCAAGCAGGAAGACAAGACCCUGCACCCUUACUUUGACUUUAGCAAGCCGGAGCCCCGAAGGACCGCCUUUAAAGGGAAAGUCAAGUUUAUCCAGGCCCCGGCCAGGUCCUCUUCACUGAAUGGAGACAGGAAAGACUCAGUGCCGGGAACCAAGAAAGAGACUCCAUUAAUGCUGAAAAUCCAUUUUAAGCUGUUGCCCACUUCUUCCCCCAGAGAAAUGACUAAACAAAACCAAUAAAGCCUCCAGUGCUGGCCCCGGCUCAGACUUUUUCUGCAGAAGCUCCGGAACCAGUG